AUGAAAGGCGCAGGGAUCACACUGAUCUGCGCACUAACAAUUGCAAAAGGAUAUGUGGUGGACAAGAACAAGUACGGGUGUCCUUUGGACGCCACUGUAGAAAAAUUGUUAGAGCACGAAAAUUGUAACAAGUUUUACCAAUGUUUCCAAGGUGUAUUGGUUGAGCACAAGUGUCCGAAUGAUUUACUCUUCAAUAUAGACGUUUUCGAGUGCGACUGGCCAGAAAACGUCGUAUGUGGGGACAGACUUAUACCAGAUAGUGAUGAAGAUAGCAACGGAGACGUUGAUGGCGGGGCUGGGUCAAACGGUGGAAACUGCGACCCCAGCCAGGCACCUGCCAUUUGUGCUGCUGAAGGAUCCGACGGCGUGCUAGUCGCUAAUGAGAACUGCAAUAAAUUUUAUAAAUGCUCCGAAGGUGUACCAGUGGCGUUAUUGUGCCCAACAAACCUUUUAUAUAAUCCAAUUACUGAACAGUGCGAUUGGCCUAAGAACGUUGAAUGCGGUGAUAGAGUUUUACCAGAAACAGAAGGCGGAGGUGAUAAUGAAAAUGGUGGUGUUGGCGAUAAUGGAGGUGGCGGUAACGGUACCUGCAACUGCAAUCCGGGCGAAGCUCCAUCACUAUGUGCCGCACCAGGCUCAAAUGGAAUCUUAGUGGCACAUGAAAACUGCAACCAGUUCUACAAGUGCCACAAUGGCUUACCUGUCGCCAUGGACUGUCCUGAAAAUCUUCAUUACAAUCCUUACAAAGAACAAUGCGACUGGCCUGAAAACGUGGAUUGCGGCGACAGAGUUAUUCCUGAGUGUGACGACAACGGCGGUGGAGGCGGAGGUGGUGGAGACAGUGGAGGUGGAGGCGGAGGUGGUGGAGAUAAUGGAGGCGGAGACAGCGGUGGUGGUGGCGGUAACGGUACCUGCAACUGCAAUCCGGGCGAAGCUCCAUCACUUUGUGCAGCACCAGGCUCAAAUGGAAUUUUAGUGGCACAUGAAAACUGCAACCAGUUCUACAAGUGCUACAAUGGCUUACCUGUCGCCAUGGACUGUCCUGGAAAUCUUCAUUAUAAUCCCUACAAAGAACAAUGUGACUGGCCUGAAAACGUGGAUUGUGGUGACAGAGUUAUUCCUGAAUGUAACGACAACGGCGGUGGAGGAAAUGGUGAUGGCGGUUCUGGAGGCGGAGGUGGUGGAGACAAUGGAGGUGGAGACAGUGGUGGUGGCGGCAACGGUACCUGCAACUGCAAUCCGGGCGAAGCUCCAGCACUUUGUGCCGCACCAGGCUCAAAUGGAAUCUUAGUGGCACAUGAAAACUGCAACCAGUUCUACAAGUGCUACAAUGGCUUACCUGUCGCCAUGGACUGUCCUGGAAAUCUUAAUUACAAUCCUUACAAAGAACAAUGCGAUUGGCCUGAAAACGUGGAUUGCGGCGACAGAGUUAUUCCUGAGUGUGACGACAACGGCGGUGGAGGAGGAGGUGGUGGAGACAGUGAAGGUGGAGAUAAUGAAGGUGGAGAUAAUGGAGGCGGAGACAGCGGUGGUGGUGGCGGUAACGGUACCUGCAACUGCAAUCCGGGCGAAGCUCCGUCACUUUGUGCCGCACCAGGCUCAAAUGGAAUCUUAGUGGCACAUGAAAACUGCAACCAGUUCUACAAGUGCUACAAUGGCUUACCUGUCGCCAUGGACUGUCCUGGAAAUCUUCAUUACAAUCCUUACAAAGAACAAUGCGAUUGGCCUGAAAACGUGGAUUGUGGUGACAGAGUUAUUCCUGAAUGUGACGACAACGGCGGUGGAGGAAACGGUGAUGGCGGUUCUGGAGGCGGAGGUGGUGGUGACAGUGGAGGUGGAGAUAAUGGAGGUGGAGACAGUGGUGGUGGUGGCGGGAACGGUACCUGCAACUGCAAUCCGGGAGAGGCUCCAUCACUUUGUGCCGCACCAGGCUCAAAUGGAAUCUUAGUUGCGCAUGAAUACUGCAACCAGUUCUACAAGUGCUUUAAUGGCUUACCCGUCGCUAUGGACUGUCCUGGCAAUCUUAAUUAUAAUCCCUACAAAGAACAAUGCGACUGGCCUGAGAACGUGGAUUGUGGCGACAGAGUUAUUCCUGAGUGUGACGACAACGGCGGAGGAGGAAAUGGUGAUGGCGGUGCUGGGGGCGGAGGUGGUGGAGACAAUGGAGGUGGAGAUAAUGGAGGAGGAGACAGUGGUGGUGGCGGCAACGGUACCUGCAACUGCAAUCCAGGCGAAGCUCCAUCACUUUGUGCCGCACCAGGCUCAAAUGGAAUCUUAGUGGCACAUGAAAACUGUAACCAGUUCUACAAGUGCUACAAUGGCUUACCUGUCGCCAUGGACUGUCCUGGAAAUCUUCAUUACAAUCCUUACAAAGAACAAUGCGAUUGGCCUGAAAACGUGGAUUGCGGCGACAGAGUUAUUCCUGAGUGUGACGACAACGGCGGUGGAGGCGGAGGUGGUGGAGACAGUGGAGGUGGAGAUAAUGAAGGUGGAGAUAAUGGAGGCGGAGACAGCGGUGGUGGUGGCGGUAACGGUACCUGCAACUGCAAUCCGGGCGAAGCUCCAUCACUUUGUGCCGCACCAGGCUCAAAUGGAAUCUUAGUGGCACAUGAAAAAUGCAACCAGUUCUACAAGUGCCACAAUGGCUUACCUGUCGCCAUGGACUGUCCUGGAAAUCUUCAUUACAAUCCCUACAAAGAACAAUGCGACUGGCCUGAAAACGUGGAUUGUGGUGACAGAGUUAUUCCUGAAUGUGACGACAACGGCGGUGAAGGAAACGGUGAUGGCGGUUCUGGAGGAGACAGUGGUGGUGGUGACAGGGGAGGUGGAGAUAAUGGAGGUGGAGACAGUGGUGGUGGUGGCGGGAACGGUACCUGCAACUGCAAUCCGGGAGAGGCUCCAUCACUUUGUGCCGCACCAGGCUCAAAUGGAAUCUUAGUGGCACAUGAAAACUGUAACCAGUUCUACAAGUGCUACAAUGGCUUACCUGUCGCCAUGGACUGUCCUGGAAAUCUUCAUUACAAUCCUUACAAAGAACAAUGCGACUGGCCUGAAAACGUGGAUUGCGGUGACAGAGUUAUUCCUGAGUGUGACGACAACGGCGGUGGAGGCGGAGGUGGUGGAGACAGUGGAGGUGGAGAUAAUGAAGGUGGAGAUAAUGAAGGCGGAGACAGCGGUGGUGGUGGCGGUAACGGUACCUGCAACUGUAAUCCGGGCGAAGCUCCAUCACUUUGUGCCGCACCAGGCGCAAAUGGAAUCUUAGUGGCACAUGAAAACUGUAACCAGUUCUACAAGUGCUUUAAUGGCUUACCCGUUGCCAUGGACUGUCCUGGCAAUCUUCAUUAUAAUCCCUACAAAGAACAAUGCGACUGGCCUGAAAACGUGGAUUGUGGCGACAGAGUAAUUCCUGAGUGUGACGACAACGGCGGUGGAGAAAAUGGUGAUGGCGGUUCUGGAGGCGGAGGUGGUGGAGACAGUGGAGGUGGAGAUAAUGGAGGCGGAGACAGCGGUGGUGGUGGCGGUAACGGUACCUGCAACUGCAAUCCGGGCGAAGCUCCAUCACUUUGUGCCGCACCAGGCUCAAAUGGAAUCUUAGUGGCACAUGAAAACUGCAACCAGUUCUACAAGUGCUACAAUGGCUUACCUGUCGCCAUGGACUGUCCUGGAAAUCUUCAUUACAAUCCUUAUAAGGAACAAUGCGACUGGCCUGAAAACGUGGAUUGCGGCGACAGAGUUAUUCCUGAGUGUGACGACAACGGCGGUGGAGGCGGAGGUGGUGGAGACAGUGGAGGUGGAGAUAAUGAAGGUGGAGGUGGA